ACCCCCACCUCCCCGUUCUGACCGCCCCCGCAAGGAGUUUUGGGAAAACACAUCCGGCCUGUGAUCCAACCAAUCUAAAAGGGGAGGAGGCGGGUCCGGAUAGGAAAGUAGGGAAAUCCUUCGGAUUGACACACGGUCCUGUCCAACGAGGACCAGAAUUUAGCCUGACUCCCGCCCAAGUAGGCCCGAGAAAAAGGGUUUUCGACCAAUCGAGAGCAGGGGCCGGGGUAGUGUUUGUGGCGACCUCUGGGAGGCUGUGGCGUUUCGAGGAGGGCGCUUGGUGUUGUGUGCAAGGGUUGAAGAAAACCUCGCUGCCAGGGGCGGGGGGUGAUUUCGUCCGUGGCAAAAGCCUCUGUCCGAGGAGAAAAUGAGUUUAGCUCUGAGAAAUGAGCUUGUAGUAGACAAAACAAAAAGGAAAAAAAGACGAGAACUGUCUGAAGAACAGAAGCAAGAAAUAAAAGAUGCCUUUGAUUUAUUUGAUACAGACAAAGAUGAAGCAAUAGACUAUCAUGAAUUGAAGGUAAAGGUGGCAAUGAGAGCCCUGGGGUUUGAUGUGAAAAAAGCAGACGUACUAAAGAUUCUUAAAGAUUAUGACCGAGAAUCCACAGGCAAAAUCACCUUUGAAGAUUUUAAUGAAGUUGUGACAGACUGGAUUUUGGACAGAGAUCCACAAGAAGAAAUACUGAAAGCAUUUAAAUUAUUUGAUGAUGAUGAUUCAGGCAAAAUAAGCUUGAGAAACUUGCGACGGGUUGCCCGAGAGUUGGGUGAAAAUAUGAGUGAUGAAGAGCUUCGAGCCAUGAUAGAAGAAUUUGAUAAAGAUGGUGAUGGAGAGAUAAAUCAGGAAGAGUUCAUUGCUAUUAUGACUGGAGACAUUUAAAGAAUUACAAGAAAAAAUGAGCUUAAAAACAAGAUCAAUGACUCUAUAUAUAUGUUGCAGUUAUCACCUUGUAUUCUCUUUCAUACCUGGAGCCAUGCAAAAAAACCAAUGCCAAGUUAGUUUUUCCAAAAGGACCAAAAUAAACACUUUAUUGUAAUGAAAUUUCAUUAUUUUAUAUAAUCCUUAAGUUUUAUUAGAUGACAAAAUGUUAAGUUAUUAAAAUGUUUGAGUACCAGCCCAUUUGUAUUAUAACUUUAUAUACAGUUUAAAAAUUAAAUCAUGUUAUGGAAAUUUGUUUGAAGUUGUUUAUUUUAGUUUUAAUGUAAAAAUUUCUAGACAUUCAUUUUAAUAAAAGAUUUAUUUUAUUAGUA